CCAUGUCUACUCCAGGAUAUUCUAAAAGAAAUACUACCUCAUAGUGAAUUUACAUUUUUCAUACAUACACAAAUAUAGUCAGACUAAAUGAUGCUUUGUAGGGAAUAUGGUGAUUAUUAAUGAAUAUUUUUAUUUUUAAACUUUGGAACUGAAAAGUCUCACAAUGUCAUUGUUAAAUAACCUGCUUCUAUCUAUAUUAGCAUCCAUCUUUUCUCCUUAGCUUUUCUGCUUAGUUUGUAAAGCCUAGAGAAUUUCCACUACACACUGGCAUGAAGAUAUGUGUUGUCAUGCUGCUACCCUUGUUUGGUUGUUUCUUGACUGUGGAUUGUAUUUUUGGUUGGUGUUCAUAAUUUCUAAACAUUGGGCUUUGAAAUUUGGCAUCUUUCUUAAAAGACACUUUUUCCAUAGGAGGAAUCCUGUUCCUUAGGAUCAUGAAUUGUAUCUUAGCAUUGAGUACCACACUUUCUUUGCCCAGAAAAUAUGCUGAGUUGUGUGGAUUUAUCAUACAACUGAUAGACAUGACAUUGUAAGUACAUAUCAAUAUGUCCAGGUAUGGAAUUUUGUAUUAAUGCAGUAAAAUGGUGCCUUUUUGGAGAGAUAAAACUAAAUUUACCUGUGGGUAUGGGAUAUAUAGAAAACUGUUCAAAUGACAUGCCUUCAGGGAUGUUGCCAAAGAAGGAGUGCCUCUGGGUUCACUAAUUCUUAGCCUUUAUGUAUCAGACCAGGUUAAUACAUUGGGAAUUAUUUUUUUCUCGUUUAAAUGAUAUGAUUCUUUUAAUUAAAAAAAAUGAAAUACUCAGUCAUGUCUGAGGGAAACAAGGAUUUAAUGCCCUAGUAUAUUCUAAGUCCUGGUAAGCUUUAUAUUUGAAUGCGGUGGUACAAUCAAGUCUGAAUUGAUGUUUUCAGUUGUGUUAGCUGUGAUUUUAUAUGAACAGCCCAUCAUGAUGAUGAUGAUGAGUAAAAUAAUAACUAUAUUAAUGGUCCAGGGGACUAUUUCUAAGCACAUACAAUGUAAAAAUUGGUUUAAAAAAAACCCAGAUUUUCAUCUGGGGAAGAAGCAAGAUGGCGACAGGUGGCAGAGCAGAGGAAGAUCUGCAGCAGGGCCGCCUGCAGAUGCUGCUCCCCGCGCAGCCUAUGGCCCAGGCUGAGGAAGCCCAGGGCACAGGAGAGAAGAUGGGCUGGGCGCAGGUAGUAAAGAACCUGGCGGAGAAGAAGCACGACUUUCGUGAGCCUUGGCGGGGAGUAGGAAGGGGCAGAGGUGCGGGUGUCAGGCUGGGCAGCCCCGCGGGCCUGGCCGCUCCGAACCCUGGCAACUUCCCACCUGCGGGCCGCGGGGACCCGAGGGGCUGCACUAGAGACCCUGCGGACUACGCGGCAGAAGCUUGCAGGAUGCAGGGAGCAGGAGACGCAAAUCAGAGGAAGACGGCCGAGGUGGCAGUGGCAGCGGCAGCAGCGGCAGCGGCGGCCAUGGCGUCCCCCUCCCCCGCCAGGCCUGUUGCGACCCAAGACGCAACUGCGGAGAUAACACUGCAGGAUGAGCCAGCAGCGGCCAUGCCGGGUAAGGGCCGCUUCCUUGUGCGCAUCUGUUUCCAGGGAGAAGACAGUGCCUGUCCGACCCGGGAUUUCGUGGUGGGCGCGCUCAUCAUGCGCUCCAUUGGCAUGGAUCCUGGGGACAUCUAUGCUGUCAUCCAGAUCCCUGGCAGCCGCGAGUUCCAUGUGAGCUUCAUAUCUGCAGACAAGCUUGCCCUGUUUCUCCGCAUCUAUGAGGAAAAGCGGGAGCUGGACGACUGCUGGGAGAACUUUGUCGUGUUGGGGCAGAGCAAGACCGGCUUGAAGACCCUCUUCAUCCUGUUCCGGAAUGAGACUGUGGAUGUGGAGGAUAUCGUGACCUGGCUCAAGCGCCACUGCGAAGUGCUGGCCUUGCCAAUGAAAGUGACUGACAGGUUUGGGAUUUGGACUGGGGAGUACAAGUGUGAGAUUGAGCUGCGCCAGGGGGAGGGCGGAGUGAGGCACCUGCCUGGCUCCUUCUUCUUGGGAACAGAGAGGGGCUACAGUUGGUACAAGGGGCAGCCCAAGACGUGCUUCAAAUGUGGUUCCCGAACCCACAUGAGCAACACCUGCACGCAGGACAGGUGUUACAGGUGUGGGGAGGAGGGACACAAGAGCCCUUACUGCCGGAAGAUCGUCAUGUGCAACCUCUGUGGCAAGGGAGGACACAUGUUUGCUCAGUGUCCCAAAGCAGCUCACAAUUCCAUGCGCUUCUGCCUGCCAGGUUGAAUACACAGCCAGCUUACCCACUUAAGUGCCAAAACAUUUUUUUUUUCUUUAGGCCAUUUUUCUCUCUAUGCCUUUUGAAAAUCACGUGUGCUCCCUUUCAGCCUGUUUAAAAAGGAAUAUUCAGAACUGUUGUGUGAAGAUAUCUUGCCUCCCCCCCACCCCCCUCCCCAGCCACACACACCUUUCAUAUUCUGUUUUACAUUAGUUUUGGUACUUUCGUCAACACCCUGUCUGCCUCUGUACUAUUUAAUAACUGCCCCCUCAUCCAUGUCUCAUUAGAAGAUUUUUGCUCUUCGGGCUGCCUUGCUCAUUUUCAUGCCUCAGCCCUGGGUACAUGGCCCAGUGCCGGGAUAGGCAUUCAAAUAAGUCUUUAUUGAAUCAAAAAUGUAGUCGACUAGCUCUCUCUAGAGUGCCUACCUUGUGCAGCUCUCCGCUGGGCUCUUUCCAUUUGCUGCUUCUGUGUGAUAUGAAAAUUUGUGAAAACAGUGUUGCUCAAAGUGUGUAAUCCAAAUAAGCUCUGAAAGGUGGCCAAGGGCCUCUGAACGCAUUUAAAGCUAUCUCCCUUGUGACAGCUCCUUCUGGCUCAGAGGCCAUAUUUUUGUAGGAGCCUGGAGCCUAGGCAGUACUUCUGGGAAAGACCCAAGAGGUGGUUUAUGUUGGAUUUUCUUUCGGGAACUUGCUUUUGUUUUGUAUAUUGAUUUGAGACAGGGGCUCACUGUGUAGCCCUGAGUGGUUAGGUACUGGCAGCAUUCCUGGACCAGGCUGCUUUCAAACUUACAGUGAUUUUCUCAACUCUGUCUCCCUGAAGGAUGUUUUAAAUUAACCCCUUGGUUUUCCAGCAGAUGAAUUGAAUCCAAAGUUAAAAGCCUGGGUUAAAGUACACAGCUGUGUGGUGCUUCAGACUGUCCACAGUAGAGUCCACUGCCCCCAUGUCUGAUGCUCAUCCCAGUACCCCUCACACUUCACGACAGUCUCCUUGACGAUGGUGGGCCAAGGAAGUCUCUCUCCAGGUGUGUGGUCCCUGCAUGAAGCUGAGACACAAGCCCCUGAAAGAGCAGAAAGAGAAGCUUGUCUUGCCACUUCAUAGUAAGGGACCUAGGGGAAGGACCAGCGAACACACUGCAGGCUGCAUGCAUGCAUCAGUCCUUGGAGUGAAUGCCACAUCUUCAAUGUUCCACUCUCACUGUCAGCAUUGAGAAAUGGUUCCCCUCAGGAAAGAAACUUGCCAGACUUUUACAUUUACACCUCUGCCUCAUCUACUAGGAACCCCAGAGAAGCUAGUGAGAGAGAGCUCAUCUGAAACCUUCGACCUCUGAUGCUCAGGAGAAAGGUGGUUUUAACCCAGAAUCAUGAAUGAGCUGUAAACUGGAAAACGUUCUUGGGGAAACAGGCCAAUAGAGAGGGCCUGGGUCAACUAAGUGUUCUCAAGUUAAAGUGAAAGACAGUAAGCUGCUUUUUUCAGUUUUUGUCUUCUCUUUGCAGUUUUGCUAUUUUCUUGUGGCUUAGAAUGUAAAACAGAUGUUUAGAUUUGUUCUCAAUAAAUAUUUAUCUUUCUUGCCCACAAAAAA